AUGUCCCACUUUUACCCCACAGCCGAGUAUGCCGAAGAGCAACCUUUGGCGCGAACCAUUCUCGCCACCCAUGUCGCCAGCCGCGGCUUCCAGCUAGGCACUGCACUUGGCUUGAUAAGCGGUACGAUCGAGUCUGUAUUCAGACGUCGGGCCAUUACCAUACCUCUUCUCCUACGAUCGGCCGGUGCUGGAAGCAUCAUCGGCGCUGGAAUAGCAACAGUCGGAAUGAUCGGCAGGAUGUGGGGCCGAGAGGGGAUUGAAUGGGCAGAUCGCAGUUGGCGUCUACGAUAUAAUACUGGGCAGUUGGCAAUUGAUAAUUGGAGUGAGCCGGGAGCGGUCAUGGGGGCUCUUGCUGUUGCUUUACGGAGGCCAUCGGCAGCCACGUUAGGGGGCUGGCGCGGAGUCGUUGGCGGGGCUGGCAUCGGAUCGUUGGUCGGAUUGAUUGGCUGUAUCUCUUUCACCGAAGCAUUCCAGCAUAAAAGUAAGUAG